AUGGAACUGGCUUUAUAUCAAGCUAGACGUAGAGUUGCAUGUAGAAACAAUGGUAAAAGAAAGAUUCGUGUAAGACCUGGAUGCAAAAUAAGUAAACGGUGUCAGGUUGUGUGUCCAAGGACAGACAGACCCAGACGCAAAGGCAACAACAAAAAAAUGUUAAAAGUGAAAAGGAAAACUGUCAAUUCCUGUGACAUUAAACUUGGACCCAAUUUUGUUAAACGAAGGUGUAAAGUAAAUUCAAGUUGUAGGAUAAAGUGUCCAAGAAGAUACAAUUAUGAAGGAGAAUCUCAAUGGCUUGACUACUUUUUACCAAAUUAUGAAAUGGAGGAGAGCAGCUAUAAAUCAAUUCAAUCUCUUCAAAUUCUAUUAUGUUUUUUCAUCUUCUUUCGAACACUUUUCUUUUCAUUUUCUUCUUUCUUCAAAUUCUUUUCUUCUUCUGACACUCUUUUUCACUUCCUCUGGAGCUGA